UAUGACAGUACAGAACUAGGGAAAGUACAGUACAAUAUGGUGAGAAGAGAAGCAGUACAGCAUAUAUAUAUUCUGAAACAUCUUUCGUCAGUUGAACAAAACGCGGAAUACUAAGAUGCCACUGUACACGCGCUGCGUGUUAAUUAAUAUAGUGAACUUGUGAAAAUAUAUUCCUGACAGGACAACUAUUACUCCGUAAUAUAAUUACAAACAAACAGUUUAUACCAGAUUCUUAGACGGUAUCGUUUGUUAAUUUCAUAUAACAAAUGUGAAAACAUCUUGGAAGUUUAAAUAACGCCAGUAAUUGAAAAUAAUUUUUACGUAUCGAUGAACACAAGUCCUGGCAAGUGCUGAUUGGGUAGUGCAUAGUCAAGAUUCUACUUGAGCUUCUAGAAUAUAGGCAACACUGAUUUAUUCCCAGAUAACUAAAAUUUAUAAUGAUUCAGAUAAGUUCACUUCUAUGGAAAGGAAGUUUGGUUGGUUUAUUAGCAGUGAUAUUAGGAGCGUUUUUUCUGUGGCCUGGUUCUACUCCUGGAAUCAAAGAAUUUCCUCAAGCGGAGUAUGACUUUGUUAUAAUUGGUGCAGGUACUGCUGGUAGCGUUGUGGCGCGCCGUCUGGUGGAAGGAACCAACAACAGUGUUCUUAUAAUUGAAGCUGGUGGUGAGCCAUCAUGGAUAUCCUCGAUCCCUCUUCUCUCCCCUUCCUUGCAGAUGACUUCAGCGGACUGGGGUUACAAAACUGUAACACAAGCAAGAGCUAUGUGGGGAUUGAAUGACCAGCAGGCUGCAUGGCCGAGGGGAAAAGUUUUGGGCGGAAGUAGUUCUAUCUAUUACCUUAUCCACACGUGGGGAGCUAAACAAGACUUUAAUGACUGGGAAAAGAAGAAAGGAUGUACAGAUUGGAGUUUUCAAAACGUGCUUCCAUUUUUUCAGAAAAGUGAAGCGUUUACCUCACGGAAAAAACAAACAGGUCAUCGUGGAUAUAAAGGUCCCUUACAUGUGAGCGAAUUUGAUGCUUCACAGUCUCCCGUGGCUAAAGGUUUCCUUGAAUCUGCACGUGAUGCUGGACUGGAUAUCGGAGAUCUAAACGGAGAACUCGAGCUGGGUGCUAUGCCUUGCCAAAGCAACAUUCACCAAGGAAAGAGAUGGACAGGAUUCCAAGCCUACCUGAAGCCAGUUCUUGGUCUACCGAAUCUCGAUGUUGUAAUUGAGACCGUCGCAACCAGACUAAUAUUUGAAGGAAAACGGGCAACAGCUGUCGAAAUCUUAAAGAUUCCUACAGGAGACGUGCAACAUGUCCGUGCUCGGAAGGAAAUCAUUCUUAGUUUAGGAACUGUAGGUUCUCCUCAUCUCCUUCUCUUAAGUGGAAUAGGGCCUCAGAAAGACUUAGAAAGUUUAAAGAUUCCGGUCGUGGCCAGCAUUCCCGCUGUUGGACAAGGACUCUUAGAUCAAUUAAACGUUCCUAUGUACUUCCAUUUAUCCAGACCAGCCAGUAUAACAACCUCCAAAGUCCGCUCUCUUGGGCAGAUGUGGAACUAUUUUGUUAAAGGAAAAGGUGUGUUGGCAGAAAGUGGAAUAGAAGCACUUCUCAGAGCUCCAAUGUCCCAAUCUUCCCUUGAUCCGGCUCUUUUCUUGAUGCUUUUCAACAUGGGAUCAGUGAAUGCUGACAUAUUUGCUAAAAUAGCCAACUUUAAGGACGAUGCUUUUAGAACAUCGUUUCCCGAUAGUCACAACGAUUCAAAAGAAGGAUUUAUUAUUCUGGCUUCCUGCUUACACGCACGUUCAAGAGGAGAAAUCUACUUAACUUCAUCAGAUCCAUCGGUCGCUCCAGUAAUUGAUCCACACUAUUUAGAAGAAGAUUAUGAUGUUAAAUGUACUAUACAAGCAAUGAAACUUGCUGCUCGUCUCGCUAAAUCUGAACCUCUCCGACGGCUAGGAGUUAAACUUCACCUCCCAGAUUACUCAGAAUGUUCUCAGUACAACCAGACUAUGCGCGAUCCACGGUAUUUGGAAUGUUGGGCAAGGACUGGUGGAAUAACCGGAUACCAUCCAAUGAGCACGUGUCGCAUGGGAAGUGACGAUAAUCCCGAUUCUGUGGUGGACUCUAAACUAAGGGUACGAGGGGUAAAAGGACUCAGAAUUGUGGAUGGUUCUGUCUUCCCCAGUCAGACUUCAGGACCCCCGAAUGCUGCCAUUGUCAUGGUUGCUGAACGAGCAGCUGAAUUUAUCAUGGAAGAUGCAGUCAGUGACACAUAAAAUCCGUGGUGGUUAAUUAAUCUUAAAAUAUGUCUCUCAUUAAAUAAAACGAAUUUAUUCCAUUUGUUGACCAUGUGUUCAAACUGAGCCAAGGAUAAAUGCUCACAAGACAGCAAAGCAGAUUAGAAAAUACAUUUAAAGAAAUUUAGUUGAACGAUGGUUAUGAAUUACAUAUUGUACAAGAAAUUAUAAUAAUGUCUUAGUAGAUAAAUAAAAACAGUACAAAACA